CACCCACAGAUCCAGAAGAAGUCUCAGUACAUCAAGUAUCUCUGCUGCGACGAUGUCAGAAACCUCCAACAAUGGAUCAACAGCAUCCGCAUUGCUAAGUAUGGGAAGCAGCUGUACAUCAAUUACCAGGAAGCAAUGAGGAGAACGGAGGCGGCCUACGAUUGGUCUUCACUCUCGUCUUCUUCCAUCAAAUCAGGAUCCAGCUCCUCCAGCCUCCCAGAGUCCCAGUCCAACUCCAGCCAAUCAGACAGUGGCGUUUCAGAGAUGACUUCCACAGGCCACACCCGCUCGCAGAGUGUCGUCAGCUCCAUCUUCUCUGACGCCUGGAGGAGAGGAACGCAAGGAGAGAUGAUGAGGAUGGACUCUAUCAGUAGGCCCAUUCCUAUCCAGAUCCCCAGCCUCUCCCAGCAGCCUCUUCCGCUCUCUCAGCCUCAGACUCCGCCCUCCAGGUCCAGCUACACUGAGGGCCUCGUCCCAUCUGAGGAUUCCUCACCAUCACCGCCGUCGCCCCCUAUACCUCCUCCUCCUCCACCCAUCGCAAGUGUGGCCCAUCAGACGGCACCAACUUCCUCCUCAUAUGUCAAGUACAGCACGCUGGCUCGCCUGCAGAACCAGAACCAGGCCAGGACACCACUGCCAGGACUAACGCUAUCCGCCCAGUCCGCCAAAACAAAUUAUAAUACUCUUCCAACUGUUUAUACCACCUCCCCUCAGUUACCACCAUCCCCUCCACCACCUCCUCCACCCACCGAACCGGCUCCAGGCUCAGCCAUGGCCGCAUUGAAAUUUGGUCCACCGAGCCCUUCCUCUGUUCUGCCACCCCCACCCCCGCUGGAGGAAGAGGAUCACGAUCCCAACUUCCUUCCACCACCUCCUCCUGAAAGCCUGGAGACCAACGGGUUGCCACCUCCUCCUCCUCCAGAGCCCAUCCUCAAUGCCUGUACUCAACUUUCCAACUCUGGCCUCCAACAGUUCCUGUCACAGAAAUUCCCCAACAUGGUGUACGACUUUGCCCUGUCAGUACCUGAUGAGAAUUCUCCUCCUCCUCCUCCCCCUCCUCCAGGAGAACUUUCUCCUCCCACAUCCCUGCAAGUGCACCGGCCUCUGUCGCCCAGUGCGCCCCCUCCUGCACCUCCCAAAACAUUCACUGUUGGAUUUUUUCCACCGCAAACUGCUCCCAAACCUUCUGGCCCUUCAUCUCUUCCUCUUGCCCUCUCACCUGUGUCACCAUGUCCACCCAACAGCAGCCAUGGACCAUUUAAAAAGCAGCAAAGUUUCUCAACAGGACAUUCGCCAAACCAGCCACCUCCUACUCUUCCAAAGCAGCACAGCCUCUCCUCCAAAAACCUUGCCCUCUCCCCUUCUGCGUCUUCUUCUUCUGUCUCCAUUGCAGCUGCUACCUCUUCUUUGGUCAAACAGAUUGUCAAUCAGUUCCCAGGUAAUGCGUCCACCUCCUCUCUUCCUUCCCCCAACUCCAUUGAUGGAUACAAGUUCUCCGCUCCUCAGUCUCCUCCAGCAGUCAAGGCCAAACCAAAGUGGCAGCCAGGAGGAGUGAUGGGUCCACAGUCCCCAGAGUUUCCACCACCUCCUUUUGACAGCUCUGUAGGAGACUUCCCCCCUCCUCCAUCUGCAUCUUCCUCCAAGACAGGCUCCCCUAUAAAGAAGUCACCCUCCACCUCCUCCACAGGAUCCAACAAGCGAGGGCCUCCACCAACGCCACAGAGAGCCUCUUCCAUGCGUGCCAAUUCAGGCGACACGCAAGAGGAGAGGCCAAAGAAGGUGGAGAGUCUGGUCAACAAAUUUGGCCAAGCUCCUCAGACAGGAACCUCGUCCAGCUCCUCGUCAGCAACCGGUUCUCCUUCAAAAGAUUCCUCUACACUUCCCGCUCCGCUCCCUAAACCAGGGAAGCUGAACUUGGCAAACCUCCCAUUGGUGCUCCAGGGGCUGCAAACAGGCCAGCACCAUCAGCCUACAGAUUUCACCACACCGCCUCCCCCACCUCCGCCCUCCCAGCCUCCCCACGUUGACUCAUCUCCCGACUACUUCCCACCUCCCCCCAGUGACUUUGAGCUCUUCCCACCUCCUCCUCACCCGUCAGAGUUUCAUCAUCCCCCUAAAGUAGCCGUGGUGAAUCCGCAGCCUCAAAUGCAGCAGCAGCAACAGUCAGCGACAUCCAUUUUAUCAUCGUCAUCGUGGAAACAAGGCUCGCUGAAAAAAGGGGCGGUCCCUCCUCCGUCGCUAAGCCGGCGGACGAGCAACACAUCCCAGUACGACAACAUAAUUUCACUUCCCAUCUCUCCACCACCUCUGUCCCAGACGCCGCCGCCGUCUCUGUCCUCUUACUCCUCUUCCUCCUCUCCUGUUCCACCCACCUCCCCAAAAUCAGCAGGGCCCAGCUCCCUGACACUAAAGCCCCACUUCCUGGAGGACCUGAACCGCACGCUCAAGAGGAAGUCGAUGUCUCGCCAUGGCUCGCUCACCUCUACCCACCUCAUACCUUCCUCAAAGAUGGAGCCCAUGGGCACCAUGGACGACAUGGCGCUCCUCCCGCCGCCGCCCCCCGAGCUCAUGCAGCAGCAGCAGCAGCACGGUGUCCGAGGACAGUCCCACACGUUGUCUCGCCACCACUCGCACUCCCAGUCCGCCAAACACGCCAACAUCUCAGGCUAUGCAACGCUGCGGCGAGGUCCGCCUCCCGCUCCUCCGAAAAGGGACCAAAGUACUAAACUGACCAGUGACUGGUAGAGAGCGGGGGACACUGGGGUGGAGCCUAAAACAAAUGAACUAUGACUAUUUAGGUCUUGAUAUUCAAUGUCUGUCUUGACUUGUUCGUCUCUCCUCAUCCUUAACCGUCCACCAUUGGAUUUCUCUGAGCAAGUAGCAAGCGAUGUUUCCUACUCGUAACCGCAGAUAACAAACUGUUCCUAUUAUUAUCCUCAUUAUGAAUAUCAUUACCCGUACAUGUUUAACCCAAUGACAUGAGUUAAAGAAUAUAUAUAUAUGUAUAUAUGCAGUAUAUAUACAUGUAUAUCUGUAUACAAGCAAGCCAGAAAAAAAAAAUCACCUAUCAAGCUUUUUUCACGACGUCUCCGCUUUGCAUUGAAAAAAAUAUACAAAAAGACGAGACUUGAACGGCAACAGAGACAAUGUGCUGCGGAAUAACUGGUACUGCAUGG